CGAAGUGGAGAUAAGAAGCGACGCAGUCGACGGAAGGAAUCGUACUCGGCAUACAUCUAUCGAGUUCUGAAACAGGUACACCCUGACACGGGCAUCUCGUCGAAAGCUAUGUCAAUUAUGAAUUCAUUUGUUAAUGAUGUCUUCGAACGUAUUGCCGCGGAAGCAAGCCGCUUGGCUCAUUACAACAAACGCUCUACGAUCUCAUCUCGCGAAAUCCAAACAGCCGUACGGCUUAUCCUUCCUGGUGAACUGGCUAAGCACGCUGUUUCUGAGGGCACAAAGGCAGUUACGAAGUAUACAAGCUCGAAGUGA